AAAGAGAAAGAUCCCAUAUCCCACAACAGGUGGAAAAAUCGAGUAGAGCUAGUUGCCUAGUUCUAGAAACGAAAAACAUGUGGUGGUGAUCUUCCAUUGUCGUCUUCCCCAUUUGCCACCACCUUUGAAACAUCACAAUUCACAACGACUAUCCUCUUUUGCCAAUACUUGCACGCAAACUCCUCUCUCUAACUCUUAACUAAAUCCUCCAUUUCCAUCCAUGAAAAUCUUACAAAAACUUCACCUUUCAACACAACUAGUAUAAUUCUCACAGUAGUAAUGGCAUUUUCUCUCUCUUCCACAACACCACAAACUUUGACAAAACCCUUCUCUCCUCUCCCCUUUCUCUCUCCUCAUCUCCGCAAAACCCAGAUUUCUUCCUCCAGAAAACUCUCGAACCUUCGUUUACUACGAGUCACUGCUCCAUCAAACACAAUUACCUCUUCUUCUUCUGAAGAAGAAGUACCCACUUUCUUAAACGACGUCGUUUCCCCUGAUUCUGAAGAAACAGAGGAAUCAUCGAAAUUUACAUGGCGAGAUCAUUGGUAUCCAGUCUCUCUCCUCGAAGACCUCGAUUCUCGUGUCCCAACCCCUUUUCAGCUUCUUGGACGUGACAUCGUUUUGUGGUUCAACAAAUCUGCUAAUCAAUGGGUUGCUUUUGAUGACAAAUGCCCACAUCGUCUAGCUCCUUUAUCUGAAGGAAGGAUAGAUGAGAAUGGUGAUCUGCAAUGUUCGUAUCAUGGGUGGUCUUUUGAUGGGUGUGGGUCGUGUACCCGGAUCCCUCAGGCGAAAUCGGAAGGACCGGAAGCUCGAGCCGUGAAGUCUGCUAGAGCUUGUGCCACAAAGUUCCCAACUAUGGUGUCUCAAGGGUUGCUCUUUGUUUGGCCUGAUGAGAAUGGGUGGGAGAGAGCUAGUGUUACUCAACCACCUAGGUUGCCAGAUGACUUCGAUAAGCCUGAAUUUGCUACCGUAUCAAUCCAACGUGAUUUAUAUUACGGUUAUGAUACUUUGAUGGAGAAUGUCUCUGAUCCUUCACACAUUGACUUUGCACAUCAUAAGGUUACUGGAAGGAGAGACAGGGCUAAGCCUUUACCAUUCAAGGUUGAGUCUAGUGGUCCUUGGGGCUUUUCUGGAGCUAAUGAUGAUAACCCAAGAAUUAGUGCUGAAUUUAUUGCACCUUGUUACUAUUUGAAUAAGAUAGAUAUAGACACAAAGCUUCCUGUAAUUGGUGACCAGAAGUGGACAAUAUGGAUUUGCUCCUUCAACAUACCAAUGGCACCUGGCAAGACACGUUCUAUUGUUUGUAGUGCUCGCAACUUUUUCCAGUUGACGGUGCCGGGUCCUUCUUGGUGGCAGGUUGUUCCGAGAUGGCAUGAACAUUGGACAUCCAACAAAGUGUAUGACGGAGAUAUGAUUGUGCUUCAGGGUCAAGAAAAGUUCUUUCAAUCUAAGUUGGCAGAGGAUUCUGAAGAUAUUAAUAAACAAUACACGAAAAUUACUUUCACACCAACACAGUCAGAUCGUUUUGUUCUAGCAUUUCGUAACUGGCUGAGACGACAUGGCAAUGGGCAACCUGAAUGGUUUGGUGUAGUGAGCCAGCAGCCAUUGCCGUCAAUAGUUUUGUCCAAACGUGAGAUGCUGGAUAGGUUUGAGCAGCAUACACUGAAGUGUUCAUCAUGUAAAGGAGCUUACGAGGCCUUCAAACUAUGGCAGAAAAUACUGAUAGCCGCCACUGUCAUUUUUGCUACAACAGCUGGUAUCCCUUCAGCGUUGCAUUUACGACUAAUUUUAAGUGGACUUGCGAUUGUUAGUGCUGCUGUUGCUUAUGCUUUGUACGAGCUCCAGAAGAACUUUGUUUUUGUUGAUUAUGUACACGCUGAUAUUGAGUAGUACUGUGGUGCCUAGAGAGUGGGAACAUAGUUGUGCAUAUAAGAAAAGUCAUAGGUAGGCUUGUUAAAGUAUUCUUUGACGCUGUUUACGUGAUGUAGAUAUUUAUGUCAAAUUUUUACUGUUAUA